CCAGAUACAGUAUAUAAGUCUGUCGUCCGCGAGGUCUUCUGUCAAGUCGAAAACAGCCACUCCUUCCACCCCGCCUCUCCUUUCUCUUUUUCUUAAUCUUCCAAUCAUUCGAGCAGCGCUCGCUAGUUUCUCUUUCUUUCUCCGCUGGUCUCUCGGGUCUUUGAUACUUUGAGAAGCCAAGCCUUUCUCGUUCUGCCACCAAGCUCACGAACAUGGUUCAAAUAUCCUCCCUUUUUGUUACGCUCGCGGCAGUUUCUGCAUCUCUUGCUGCACCAGCCCGAGUUCAAAAGCGUAUCGCCCAAACCACCUCCGACUCCACGAAAAAGUGGGAGGCCGCUUGUGAUGCUGCCGGUGGCGGCGCUCAAUGCAACACCAUCGCUGUGAACGCGUUCGGCACCCUUCUUGCUGCUGCAGGCAACUGCGACCAGCAGGAUAGUGCCGACACUAUGAUCACGCUCGCGAAGUCCCUCAACAACGAUGCCGACAUGAUCAAGUUUGCCCAGAUUUUUGCCCAGCAGCCUCGGAAUACGCCCAAUUCCCUCGCAGUCCCCUACUGCCAAUCUGCACCGACCAAUUCCGAACUCAAUGGGUUGUUCCAAUGUCAAUUCCAAGGUGCCUCGGAGACGACCUUUGUCGGUAAUCUCGCUGUCGGCGAUGCAGGCACGAUCCCAUUCGGCAUGACCUCCGCUGUGAACCCUGCAGGAUCUUGCCCCGCAAAUCCCUCGGGACCGAUUGCGGAUGGGACGCAGUUGGUCGACCAGGUCUCGAGCCCGGGGACCGUCUCCAGCUCUUCAGGUUCAAGCUCUAACUCGAGUUCAAGUUCGUCUUCCUCGGCGGACACUUCGAGUGCUGCCGCUGUGGCUUCCAGCGCCGUAGGUGCAGCGGCCGCAUCUUCGACCUCGACCCCGACCGCUGCCACUUCGUCCAGUUCUUCACCUUCGUCGUCGUCUUCGAGUUUCCAACUGUCCAACGGCCAAGCCGCCCAAACUCUGAACGCUCAAUUCGCCAGCAUUAGUGCCAGCGACUCCUGCAGCGAUGGUGAUUCAGCCUGCGUUGGUGGUGGCUUUGCUCAGUGCUCCGGUGGCACCUGGCAAGUAACGGCCUGCGCAGCAUCUACUCAAUGCUUCGCUCUUCCGCUCGUGAACAAAGCCGGAACAAGCCUUUCGUGUGACACACAGGAGGAUGCGGAGGCUAGGAUUGCGGCUACGGGGGCGACGGGCGGAUUGACUGGUGACGGAUCCUCGUCCUCUUCUGCAUCUGCUGCAUCAGGUGUUUCGUCUACCGCGGUGACAGCAAGUGCGGCGGCGAAUGUGGCAGCUGUGACUUCGAGCGCUGCGAGCUCGGCUGCAAGCGCGACGUCUUCUUCGGCGAGCUCAGGCUUCCAACUCACCAAUGGUCAAACUGCUCAAUCCAUGAACGCGCAGUUCGCUAGCCUUAGCGCUAGUGAUUCAUGCAGUGAUGGAGACUCAGCCUGUAUUGGUGGUGGCUUCGCUCAAUGCUCCGGUGGCACCUGGCAAGUGACCGCCUGCGCUGCAUCCACGCAGUGCUUCGCACUCCCGCUCGUGAACAGUGCAGGUACUAGUAUCACUUGCGAUACACAGGCAGAUGCAGAGUCGAGGAUCGCAGCGACGGGGGCGACUGGAGGGAUCGAUGGGUCUUCCUGAACGUAGACUCGAUGAUCGUGAGUAGGCUAGGGCGUUCUAAACCCAGCAUACAAUUUCUUGGUGUUUAUUUCUUGGCUUGUCAUUAUUUUCUUAUUUCCUGUGUCGCUCGAUGCGAGCAGUCUGGCUACUGGCACUUGCUUUCUUUUGCAUUGGAUCGGCUUAUGCCCAUGUCUGCGCACCUCUGUACUGGAUCAUCUAAUGUCUCGGUAUACCCCUCAUGAGUACUGCAGCAUUGUAAUACUUAUACGCAUACAUACAUGACUGAACCUAUUUGUACACAUAUU